AUGCACACAAUAAGACAGACCAAUGGGUUAGCGGGUUUCACCAAGCGCUCAGAGAGUGAGUAUGAUUGUUUUGGGACUGGUCACAGUUCUACCACCAUCUCAGCAGGCUUGGGGAUGGCUGUUGGAAGAGAUUUAAAAGGAAGAAAGAAUAAAGUAGUCGCAGUUAUAGGUGAUGGUGCCAUGACAGCAGGUCAGGCUUAUGAAGCCAUGAACAAUGCUGGUUACCUAGACUCCGACAUGAUUGUUAUUCUGAAUGACAACAAACAGGUCUCUUUACCCACUGCUACUUUGGAUGGUCCCGUACCACCUGUAGGAGCUUUGAGCAGUGCUCUAAGUAGGUUGCAGUCAAACAGACCUCUCAGGGAAUUAAGAGAAGUUGCCAAGGGAGUUACCAAGCAGAUUGGCGGGCCUAUGCAUGAACUUGCAGCGAAAGUUGAUGAAUAUGCUCGUGGGUUGAUCAGCGGUCCUGUCGAUGGUCAUAGCAUAGACGAUCUUGUGGCCAUUCUCAAAGAAGUUAAGAGUACUAAAUCAACUGGUCCCGUGCUGAUCCAUGUUGUCACAGAGAAAGGUAGAGGAUACCCGUAUGCUGAGAAAGCUGCAGACAAGUAUCAUGGAGUGGCCAAGUUUGAUCCGGCAACUGGAAAGCAACUCAAAGUUAGUGCUAAAACACAGUCUUACACAACGUACUUUGCAGAAGCUUUGAUUGCAGAAGCAGAGGUGGACAAAAACAUUGUUGCAAUCCAUGCAGCAAUGGGAGGUGGAACGGGCUUGAAUCUUUUCCUUCGCCGCUUCCCUGCACGGUGCUUUGAUGUGGGGAUAGCAGAGCAGCAUGCUGUAACUUUUGCUGCAGGAUUAGCCUGUGAAGGCCUUAAACCUUUUUGUGCAAUCUACUCAUCUUUCUUGCAAAGGGCUUAUGACCAGGCAAGGCAAUACCUCCACUUUUCUUCUCUGGCAAUAGUAUUUGAUGAAGCUUAG